AGAAUGAACUGGUUUGGGAGACAAAAGCAGGGGCUAGAGGAGGUGCACAAGCAAGAGAAGAGACACAAGAGACCAGAGAAAGUUUUCCCAACUGCCUGCUGGACAAGAUGAAGGCUGCACUGCUGCUGCUGUUAGUCACUAUCACUGCUGUGACAACUGUAGCCGGAGGGAAAAACAAAGAGAAAAACAAACCCUCCCAGCAUGGGUCAGAAUGCAUUGACUGGCGCUAUGGCAACUGUGUGCCUAGCAACGGGGACUGUGGAGCAGGAUUUAGAGAGGGGUCAUGUGACCAGCAGACCAAGAAGAUGAAAUGUAAAGUACCUUGCAACUGGAAAAAAGAGUUUGGAGCUGACUGUAAGUAUCGGUUUGGAAGUUGGGGGGAGUGUGACGCAAGCUCUGGCUCAAAGACCAGGACAGGAACAUUGAAGAAGGCUCUGUACAACGCAGAGUGUCAAGCGACGAUUUCUGUCUCCAAACCCUGCCCAGGAAAAACAAGAGAAAAACCAAAGGAAAGAAAACAGAAGUCAAGGGGGCAGUCAAGAGGCUUCCGAGUCAAAGACAAAAUCGAAACAAAGCAGUAA